AUGAAACUAAAUAAUAAUGUGACUGAGUUCAUUCUACUUGGGUUAACACAGGACCCAUUUAGGAAGAAAAUAGUGGUUGUUGUGGUUUUGCUUUUCUAUUUGGGAAUGUUGUUGGGGAAUGUGCUGAUUAUUAGUACCAUCAAGACCAGCAAGGCCCUUGGGAGUCCAAUGUAUUUCUUCCUUUUCCAUUUAUCCUUAUCUGAUACCUGCUUCUCUACUUCUAUAGCACCUAGAAUGAUUGUGGAUGCCUUUUUGAAGAAGGCCACUAUUUCUUUCAGUGAGUGCAUAAUCCAAGUCUUCACAUUCCAUUUCUUUGGCUGCCUGGAGAUCUUCAUCCUCAUCCUUAUGGCUGCUGACCGCUAUGUGGCCAUCUGUAAGCCCCUGCACUACAUGACCAUCAUGAGUCACCGGUUCUGUGGUGUGUUGGUGGCCAUGGCCUGGGUGGGAUCCUGUGUACAUUCUUUAACUCAAAUUUUUCUGGCACUGAGUUUGCCUUUCUGUGGUCCCAAUGUGAUUGAUCACUAUUUCUGUGACUUGCAGCCCCUGUUGAAUCUUGCCUGCUCAGACACUUAUGUGGUCAAUCUCCUUCUUGUGUCAAAUAGUGGGGCCAUUUGUACAGUGAGUUUUGUCAUGCUGAUGAUCUCCUAUGCUAUUAUCCUGCAUUCCCUGCGAAACCACAGUGCCGAAGGGAAGAGAAAAGCCCUCUCCACAUGCAUCUCCCACAUCAUCGUGGUCAUCUUCUUCUUCGGACCUUGCAUAUUUAUAUACACCCGUCCUGCAACCACCUUCCCCAUGGAUAAGUUAAUAGCUGUGUUUUAUACACUUGGAACACCUUUGCUCAACCCUCUGAUUUAUACUCUGAGGAAUUCAGAAGUGAGAAAUGCCAUGAAGAAAUUGUGGAGGAGGUAA